CUUUCUGCCAGUGUUGUACAAUCUGAUUUCUGGCAACCCCCAUCUCAUAUCGGACAGAGCCCUAUGGCACUAGACUUCGCUAACUUUUCCGCGAAGAGAGAGAUAGUCUCUAUACGCUUCUCAUGGCAAUCAAUAAACAAUCUUAGCCAAAAGGCAUAGUAAGCGAGAGCCUUGUAGCUUCAUUAGAGAUUGCAACUGAUCCAAUAUAAUACAAAUACAUAAUACUUGUAUAUUUGUUGUUUUUAUUCAACUGCUGCUUACAACAGAAACGAGAUCCUGAGAUCAAAGCAAUAUAAGUAAUCGCAAUUGAUUCUGCAUUAAGGGUUGCGCUGGGCUCGGCUGCGUCUGCGCAAUCCGUUUGAUAAUCGCAUCGCUCAUUCGUAAUGUUAGCAAGCCACAAAUCAGCUGUUUUUGUGCAUCGAUUUCCGAUGUACGAUCAAAGUCGAUAGCAGCUAUGAUUCUCUCUCUCUCUAUUGCAAUUGUCUUAUUAUAUUGGAAUCGCCAUUUACGAGUACAUUGCUAAAGAAAUCGAACAACAAAAAAAGAGCAUGGAACCCGGGGAAAAGAAUAAGCAGAAGCCGACACAGGAAAAAGAGAAGAACAAGUCUGAAGACGCAGCCUCGGAUGCCGUAGGCUCCGGCGUGCGUAAAUCGGACGGGGAUCUCGUCGAUUUUUACGAGGGCGUUGCACUCGGACCGCCCCAGCAACGGAUGCUCUGCAAAGCCGUACCAGAGAAUGUGCUCGCGGACUAUGAGCAGAUGUUCGAGACGAUCGGGAAUGUCAUCAAGGAAAUAGUUGACUUCGGUAAGUACGAAGUAUACGUGAUGCUGUAUCCCACUCUGGCCAUUGGCUACCUGCAAAUGGUGUGGAGCGGCAAGUAUGAGAGGGCCAUAUCCUUCGUGGGUAGGAACGAAUACAAGUUGGACGAUUCCUACAAGAGGCGCGUCGAAAAUCUUAAGCGCUUUCGCACGCCAGAAGACCUGCCGGAAAGAGCCCAGGAGCUGCUAUCUUGUGCGGACACAGUGGUGAUAUUCAUGGCCAGGAGCACCUCGAACCAGUUCAAAGUACUCCAAUCUCAGUUUUGGACGAAGGGGCAGCUCAAGACGUUCUUGUCCCACUUUAAAAUCUUCAUCUACUCUGAUGAGAUGAUGCCCCAGGCGCAUAUCCACCUCGAUCGUCCUUUGCCGGCGCCAUUUGCCUGGGCUUCCGUGGACGCCAUUCCGGACUGGCCGUUCGAUCGAAUAAGUUACCCAACCUGAGCACUUACAUGGCC